GUUUAUACUUGUGUAUGAAGAAGAAGACGUCCGACGACGGUAGCUACUGCUGCUGCGGCUGUUGUGGACAUGUCAGAGGAGGCGCAGCUGGACUAGUUUUAGUGUUUUGAAGCUUGGGGGAGUACUUUUAGCGCACGAAACGUCGCCAGCUGGACUAAUACAGCGGUAAUACGUCACGGAUCCCGGUCCUUUGAUAUUUGACAACUGGUAAACUAGCGUUAGCUGGCCAACUGGCGAGCCUCGGAAAGUAGGUCUUGUUCCAUACAGUCAUGUCUUCGGCCGGAGACUUCGGAAACCCUUUGAGAAAAUUCAAACUGGUCUUUCUCGGAGAACAGAGUGUGGGAAAGACCUCCUUGAUCACAAGGUUUAUGUAUGACAGCUUUGACAACACCUACCAAGCCACAAUAGGAAUAGAUUUCCUGUCAAAAACUAUGUAUCUUGAAGACAGAACGAUCAGGUUGCAGUUGUGGGACACAGCAGGACAAGAGCGAUUUCGAAGCCUCAUCCCAAGUUACAUCAGAGACUCUGCUGCUGCUGUCGUAGUGUACGACAUCACAAAUGUCAAUUCCUUCCAGCAAACCACAAAAUGGAUUGAUGACGUGAGAACAGAGAGAGGGAGUGAUGUCAUCAUCAUGCUUGUGGGAAACAAGACAGACCUUGCAGACAAGAGACAGAUAACCACAGAGGAGGGAGAACAGAGAGCGAAAGAGAUGAAUGUUCUUUUUAUUGAAACAAGUGCAAAGACAGGCUACAAUGUCAAACAGCUUUUCCGUCGCGUGGCAGCUGCCCUCCCUGGCAUGGACUCCACACAGGACAAAGGUCGAGAGGACAUGAUUGACAUCAAACUCGAGAAACCACUGGAGCAACCCGUCAGUGAUGGAGGCUGCCCCUGCUAAUGGCGUGUGCCAUUAUUGCUAAAUAAUGCUACUGGCUUCUUUACUCUUCACUACACCUGCCUCUGUUCCCCAGUGAGAACCCCUCCCCCCCUCCCCCCCGGACGAACACUACAUCCUUUAUCAUCACCUUUGUGGAAACCGUGCACUCUCAGGUGGAUGCUCUGAAAGUCAUAAAUCACUUCAACUGAACAUUUGCACUGUAACAUACACACUGAAACAGUAUUUCAGCCUGUUCUACUGAGUUCACUGUCAAUUUAUUUUAGCAUCGCUGUUGUUAACUUUUUGAAACAAAGUGAAAGAAAAAUCAAAGUCUGUGCGUUUAAAGGUGUGAUAAUUCUUUAAAAUGUUAAAUGUUGCUCUAAAAUGAAGAGGCACAAUGUGGUUUAGGUGUGGAUUAUUGAUCUUUAGCAGUUGAUUAUGUUGUCAUAAUUAACAUUCUUUUUUUAAGGAAAUCAUUACUAUAUUUGGGAGCUCAGCGCUGAUGUGUUUACUUGACACACGCACACACACACUCACAGUGCAGCUUCAGUGGCCACUUGCAGCCGUUUUGUGGUUUGAGGUGUCUGCACCAACAGAGUCACAUGAUAUGACGAGGUACAUGUUAUAAACACACUGAAACAUUAAUACUAAGGCAAUACUAAAACAAGCACGCAACACCUAAUACAAGAGCAACACUACCACUCUAUUAUCCACGUUUCUGUCCCCUUUUCCUUCCCCCACUGUUCCCUUCACAUGGGUUAUUAUUAGCAAGGCUUACAUUUUCUAUCACUGUUUAAUUUACAUAUUCUUUUUUUUAUGUUUUAAGAAUUAUCUCUUCAAAACCCUUCCAUAAACAUUAGAUGUGGAGAUUUGGGCCUGUUUGAGUUAAAUUAGUAGUAGUAGUGGUUUUCUUUAGCACUGGGUUUGUUAAGUUUGGUAUGACAUUUGAUUUAAAGAUGCAGUAGACAGGAUUGCUGGGAAUGUAAUCCACAUUCGAGAUUGAGCCACAGAUUAUGAAGAUAUUCAGAUUUUAGGAUUGGUUCUCUCUUGGAACCUUUCUCAGAUUACUUUGUUUUACAUUAUGAUGAAAGAUUAUUGUGGAAUUAUUGAUCAGUCACACCAAAUAAAUCCUGCAUACUUUACCUUUAAAUACUUUUUUUGUUAGUGAUUAUUCUUGUUUGUAUUUAAUCCAAAAUGGCAAUAUUUAUUUUUGUUGGAUUUAUGUUUUUAUUUUAUUUUAUGGGUCUUCAUAUCUUUUCACUUUUGCUGAAUCACUACUCAAAUGUUCAACAGAAUCAGUCGAGAGAGCGUCUGCUGCUUCCUUCAACACUUCUAAAUGACAAUUUCAUCACCAUCCGGAUAUUACUCUGCACAUUUUUGUGCACUUAUGGAAGAGAGUCUUAUUUCUAUAGCAUAGUAAGUCCUUACUGUUCCUGUCUGGUAUGGUUUUAAAUGAAAGAAUAAAAUGACAUGUCACCACUCCUGGAAUGCAUGUCUUAUUGAGAGA